AACCCUCUACACCGGAAGACACGCCCCCUGUAGCCGCGACCUAUUGUAUCAAAGGACCGCGUGUAUGUAUCUUUUUCAGCCUCGCGUCGCGCCUCAUCUCCGUCUGUGCUUGUUCGGUUUUAGCCGGAUCCCACAUUUCGCUAGGUUAGCAAGCGCAAGCUAACAAGAUGUCGAGGGUGUACAUCGGAAGAUUGAGCUACAGGGCCAGAGAAAAGGACGUGGAGAGGUUCUUCAAAGGCUACGGGAAGAUACUCGAAGUCGAUCUGAAAAACGGGUAUGGGUUUGUUGAAUUUGAUGACCCCCGUGAUGCAGAUGAUGCUGUGUAUGACUUGAACGGCAAGGAGUUGUGUGGGGAAAGGGUCAUUGUGGAGCACACCAAGGGACCCCGUCGUGAUGGAGGUUAUGGUGGUGGUGGUGGUGGUGGAAGUGGGAGUGGAAGUGGAAGAAGUGGAUAUGGGCGGUGGGGAAGAGACAGAUAUGGUCCACCUAUACGGACAGAUUAUCGGCUCAUUGUUGAGAAUCUUUCCAGCCGCUGCAGCUGGCAGGACUUGAAGGACUACAUGAGGCAGGCAGGGGAGGUGACUUACGCUGACACCCACAAGGGCCGGAAAAAUGAGGGGGUGAUAGAGUUCAGGCUCUACUCUGACAUGAAGAGGGCCCUGGAGAAGCUCGAUGGCACCGAAGUGAACGGUAGAAAGAUCCGGCUCAUUGAGGACCGGCCUGGAGCCAGACGCAAACGUUCUUAUUCUCGCAGUCGCAGCCAUUCCAGGUCCCGCUCCAGGAGCCGCAGGUCUCGCAAGAGCCGCAGCCGCAGUGAGAGCAGCAGCCGCAGCCGCUCCCGCUCCAGAGCGGCGUCCAACUCCCGCAGCCGAUCUCGUAGCAAGAAGAAUAAGGUCAAGAGCAAAAAGGAGGAAGAAGAGCGCAGCAACGGCGCUCCGAAGAACAAGGACCGCAGCAGGAGUCGCAGCCCCAAGAGCAAAAAGAGCAAGAAAGACGGGAAGAAGAACAAGAAGGACGACUCCAGGUCCAGGUCUCGCUCUCGCUCCAGGUCUCGUUCUAGAUCAGGGAUUAAGGAUCGCUCUAGAAAAUCUGGCUCAAAGGGCCGCGCGCAGCCCAAGAGCGACGACGAGGGUGCCGAGCCUCAAAGGGGCUCUCGCUCCCGUUCACGCUCCCCUGCUGAAUCCAAAUCCAGAGCCAGGUCUAAAUCAAAGUCCAAAUCCAAAUCACGUUCCCCCUCACCUGCCAAAGCCCGCUCCCACUCCCGAUCCGCCUCCCGUUCAGAGUCCCGCUCCAAAUCCCGCUCCCAGUCUCGUUCCCGCUCCCGUUCCCGCUCUUAAUUCAGAUUUUUGGACCGUUUGUCAUGAGCCCUUAUCCCUCUGUCUCCCCCCAUUUACAUUCCCCAAACCCCACAACACUACCCCUGCCUCCUGUUUUUUGAUAAAUAGCUGUAGAAUACCAGGCACUCAUGCUCAAUGUCUUUUAUGCACACGCUACUCCAUUUCAUUUGACUUUUACUCUACAUCUUUUUUCAUUAGAGCUGUCUUGUAUGAGGGUGUUUGUAAAAUAACAGGGUGCAAUCUCAGUUUUAUAAGUUUAAAUGAUGGUAUGUGUCUUAGCCUUUUUUUAAAUCAAAUGUAGAAGCAUACUGUUGUCAAAAUGCUGGGUGGGAAUAUGUUGUAACACUCACCUUUUGUGAAAUCCUUGUAUCAUUUUAUUUCAGAUUAAAAAUGCCUGUUCUACAUUU